CGUCCUGCUGUCCUCCUCCCCGCCUUGUUCGGUGGCCGCCCCCCCACCCCUGCCCCCUCCUAUGCGCUGUCUGUGGUUGACUGUGCUGUGGGGGAAUGGUGUAGUUCACCAAAAUUUGGGCUUGUUGCUGACAGGUACCACUACUGCGAGAAGUGCUUCAACGAGAUCCAGGGAGAGACCGUUUCCCUGGGCGAUGACCCCACCCAGCCACAAACGUCUAUAAACAAGGAUCAGUUUGAGAAAAAGAAAAACGACACACUGGACCCUGAGCUGCUAGUUGAAUGUAUGGACUGUGGACGCAGGAUGCAUCAGAUCUGCGUUUUGCACAAUGAAACAAUCUGGCCAGCAGGUUUUGUUUGUGAUGGCUGUUUAAAGAAGACAAACAAGACGAGGAAAGAGAACAAAUAUUCUGCCAAAAGGUUGCCCCAGACGAAGCUGGGAACCUUCCUGGAGUCAAGAGUCAACGACUUCCUGAAGCGCCAGGCCCAUCCUGAAUCCGGAGAGGUCUUCAUCCGGGUCGUCCACGUCUCUGAUAAAGUGGUGGAAGUCAAACCAGGAAUGAAGUCCAGGUUUGUGGACAGUGGAGAGAUGUCCGAGUCGUUCCCUUACAGGACCAAAGCUCUUUUUGCCUUUGAGGACAUCGACGGUGUGGACGUCUGCUUCUUUGGUAUGCAUGUUCAGGAGUACGGCUCUGACUGCCCUCAGCCCAACCAGAGGAGAGUCUACAUAUCCUACCUGGACAGUGUUCACUUCUUUCGGCCUCGCUGCCUAAGAACAGCAGUUUACCAUGAAAUCCUCAUCAGCUACUUGGAGUAUGUCAAGAAGUUAGGUUACACCACCGGUCACAUCUGGGCUUGCCCGCCUAGUGAGGGCGACGACUACAUCUUCCACUGCCAUCCUCUGGAUCAGAAGAUCCCAAAGCCCAAGCGACUGCAAGAGUGGUACAAGAAGAUGCUCGACAAAGCCGUAGCGGAGCGGAUAGUACACGACUACAAGGAUAUUUUCAAACAGGCGACGGAGGAUCGUUUAACCAGUGCCAAGGAACUGCCUUAUUUUGAGGGCGACUUUUGGCCCAAUGUGUUGGAGGAGAGUAUCAAGGAGCUGGAGCAGGAGGAGGAGGAGAGGAAGAAGGAGGAGAGCAGUACUUCUAAUGAGAGCAUUGAUGAUGCAAAAAGCGACAGCAAAAAUGCAAAGAAGAAGAACAACAAAAAGACGAGCAAGAACAAAAGCAGCUUGAGUCGCUCGAAUAAGAAGAAACCCGGGAUGCCCAACGUUUCCAACGAUCUGUCGCAGAAACUUUACGCCACGAUGGAGAAACACAAAGAGGUGUUCUUUGUGAUCCGGCUGAUCGCGGGUCCCAUGGCAAACGCCUUGCCCCCCAUCGUGGACCCGGACCCCCUGAUGGCAUGUGACCUGAUGGACGGUCGGGAUGCGUUUCUGACACUGGCCCGGGACAAACACCUUGAGUUCAGCUCAUUGAGGAGGGCCAAGUGGAGCUCCAUGUGCAUGCUGGUGGAGUUGCACAACCAAAGCCAGGACCGUUUUGUUUACACGUGCAACGAGUGCAAGCACCAUGUGGAGACCCGCUUCCACUGCACUGUCUGUGAGGAUUACGACCUGUGCAUCACCUGCUACAACACUAAGAGCCAUGAGCACAAGAUGGAGAAGCUAGGCCUGGGCUUGGACGAUGAGAGCAGCAACCAGGCCGCUGCCACCACCCAGAGCCCAGGAGACUCGCGCCGCCUCAGCAUCCAGCGUUGCAUCCAGUCCCUGGUCCACGCUUGCCAGUGUCGCAACGCCAACUGCUCCCUGCCGUCCUGCCAGAAGAUGAAACGGGUCGUCCAACACACGAAAGGCUGCAAGAGGAAAACCAACGGCGGUUGCCCCAUCUGCAAGCAGCUCAUUGCAUUGUGCUGCUACCACGCCAAGCACUGUCAGGAGAACAAGUGUCCAGUGCCAUUCUGCCUGAAUAUCAAGCACAAGCUGCGGCAGCAGCAGCUACAGCACCGGCUGCAGCAAGCCCAGAUGCUGAGGAGGAGAAUGGCCAGCAUGCAGAGGGUUGGCCAGGCCCCUCCGGGCGGCCCACCUGGGGGGAACGGGCUGCCGUCUCCGAGUGGCAACAACGGAGCAACCGGUCCGGCCACCCCAACAUCCAUUGGUACGCAACCUCCGACCCCGCAGACCCCCACCCCGGGCAGCAUGCCUCCACUUUCUCAGCCACAAGGAGUUCAGAUGGGCGGGAUGGUCACUCCGGGUCAGCAGCCAGGUGGUGCGAUGACCCCUCAGCAUCACCACCAGCAGUUCCAGGCAGAAGGUAUGAUGAUGUCUCCCCAGCAGCAGAUGGUGAAUCAGCAGCAGCAGGCACCCAACGUGCAGCAACUGCAGCACCCUGGAGGUUUACCUCCGUACAACCCCAGACCACCGGGGCCGGCGUCUCUCCAUCAGUCGCUAGGGAAACCUGGGUUGGGUCCAGCCACCCCACCCCAGCAGCAGCAGCAGGGGCAGGGGUCCAUGCCUGUACAGAGCCAGCCGCAGGGGCCUCCUCUAGCUGCAGUAGAGACUGCCCUAAAGAUCCAACGACUAGCAGAGACCCAGAGUCGGAUGGCUCAGGCCCAGGCGCAGAUUCGUGGCUUGGGGCAGGGCGGCAUGAUCCCCCAGCACCCCCACCACCAGAACAGCCCAGCACAGAUGGUAAUGCCCCACAUUGGGGCCCAGGGCAUGGCCCCCCAGACUCAGGGAGUGGUUGGCAGGACUAUGUUGGAAUCGCAGCAACACGGGAUGGUAGCUGGCACACAACCCCAGCUGACCUCUCAAAUUCAGCAACCACUUCAGCCAACAAACCAGCAGUGGGGGGGCCCCAGAGGGCCGACCAUGAACCCACAAACAAGGACAGCUAUAAUGGGGUCUAUGCCCCCCCAGCAGCAGGCUGCCAUCACUCAGCAGCCGCCGCCAAUGAAUCCGCAGCAGACCCAAGCAGGAAACCGAGGUUUGAUGCAGGUGUUGGGUGUAUCAGAAGGGGCAGCAGGGGCCCCUGGGCUGAUACAAGGAGGUGGAACGGGUAACCUGCCCCAGGGAGCAGUACAGGAGCUUCUGCGUACCCUCCGCUCCCCAACCUCACCCCAGCAGCAGCAACAAGUCCUCAACAUCCUGCGCUCCAACCCAACUCUGAUGGCCGCCUUCAUACGCCAGAGAACGGCCCGGUACCAAGGUUCUCAGGGAGGCCCUGGGGGGCCACCAGCUGGGGGCCCUGGAGGUGUAAGGUUCCCAGGCUCUGCUGGAGGCUUGCCCAAUGUAGGGGGACCUGGAGCCAACCAGCUUGGCAACUUGGAUGGGCAACAACAGGUUAACGUUAACCAGAUGGGGAUGAAUAUCGCUCAGGGUGGAGCCGGGGGAGGCAACAUGCCCACCAUGGCUCAGCUGCAGCAGCUGCAGCAGCAACAGCAGCAGCAGCGUCCCAUGUUGCAACAGCAGAUGGCUGCUCUGCAACAGCAGCAACAGGGAGCAAUGCAAGCUGGACAACAAGGCAACCUGGCAAAUAUGAAUCCUCAGUUCAGAGAGUUGCUAAUGAGGAGACAGCUACAGCAACAGCAGCAGCAACAACAGCUGCAGCUGCAGCAGCAACAGCAGCUACAGCAACAGCAGCAGCUACAGCAACAGCAGCAACUACAGCAGCAACAAAUGGCGAACCAUGGGCCGUUCCAGCAACAGCAGCAAGCGCAGCAGAGCUUCAUGCAACCUGGACAAGGACAGGCAGGGAUGCCUCCGUCCUCUCAGCCACAGCCUGCAGGGGGCGCUGUAGGGGUCCAUCAGCAGCAACAAGGACCACAGGGGGGGCCAGCUCAGCAAGGGUACCCCAUGUCACAAGUAGCUGCUGCGCUGCAGCAGAGGCUGCAUCAGGUACAGAUGCAGCAGAACAUGGGUGGUCACCAAGGACCAGAUCUGAGUGGGGGGGUUUCCGGGCCACCCCUGCAGCCCGGACAGGGUGCCUCAGGGCCGGGGCAGCAGCAGGGUGGAGUGGGAGUGCCACCGCUGUCCCAAGGCAUGGUUCACCAGAACUUCCAGCAGAGACUGCUGCAGCCAUCACACCUGGGGGGCGGCUCGCCCGCCCAGCACAGCAGCCCCAUGAGCCCCCAGAUGGCCCAAUCCCCCCACAUCCCGGGCCAAGGCGGCCUCGGCCCGGCAGGCUCACUGGGCAGCCAGGUCCGCUCCCCUCAGCCCUCCCCCCGGCCGCAGUCGCAGCCACCACGCUCCAGCCCAUCCCCGCGUAUGCAGCCCUCCUCCCAGCCGCAGCCCUCGCCUCACCGCAUCUCCCCGCAGACACAGAGCGGGUCACCUCACCCGGGCCACCUCGCCCAGCACCACCCCAGCAUGGCUCCGCCCCAGCCGCCGCAGGUCCAACAACAAGCUUUGUCCCAGCAGCAGCAGCCACCAGGGGGCUCCGUGGAUCCCAGUCAAUUCAGUGACCAGAACUCCAUCAUGUCCCAGCUGAGCGGGAUGGCAGGGAUUCACGGAGGGCAAGGCACGCAGCCAGACAUGCUGGGGGGAAACAAUAACAGCGGCAGCAGCAACAGCCAGGAGCUCAACCACAAUCUCAUGUAGCCUCGCCUCGACUUUUUGCUCUGACUCGUUGCCCCUGAUGACAAACUGCCACACAGCGAGCCGGGGCUUUUAAAAGUUUUUAUUUUUUAUUUAAACAUUUUUCUGAUGUAUAAAUACGAACUAAAGCUUCCUUCCUAUGGGAGAUGCGACGUUAAUCUUAGAAAUCAAUAAGUGGAUAAAUUAAAAACAAUGGUAAGUUAUUGCUGUUAAUAUAUAUAUAUAUCUAUAUAUUUUUGUCAACUGUGUACAAAAAGGCAGAAGGGUAGAGUUUCUGGUGGAGAUAUUUCUUCCUUAAAUAUGACAAUAUUUUCGGGGACUGAGUAUUUUGCCUUUUUAAGAUUUCAAAUGUGGUUAUAAAAAAGUUAAAGUGAGUG